AUCUGAGUUUCUCUGGCGAUUCCGGCGUCGAUGAGGAACCUAUGGUCCAUGGCGCUUCAACCGUAGUCUGUUGUUCCUUACCGGCGAGGUUACCAGAACCAAAUCAAGGGGGUUCGUGGCGGGGAGAAGGUUCUGCGAGACGCCACCGGUAAGAGCUCUACCGGCGGUGUGGCGACGCAGAGUGAAGAUGGAGGUUUUCGGCGAGGAACGAGAAAGGUCAGCGGUUAGAUCUGGACGAUUGGAGACGCAGGAGAUCGGUUUCUUCUUCCUUCUCUUCACAGCUCUACGGUGGCGGGAUGGUGAUGGUCCUGUGUCGCCUUCUCCGUUCGACCUCCGUCUUCCUGGCUCACCGGUGGUCCUGUUCCGGCGAGUUUCCGCGGCUCUGUGGAAGGCGGCUUCGAUUAGGUCAAUUGGCUUAAAGAAAAUGGCCUCGUUACGACCUAGCUUCGGAUCUAUCCUUAGAGAUCGCAACCAACGGCACAAUGACGACGUUGUUUUCAAGAAAGCUCAAGUGAAAACUGCUCCUCCUGCGAUCUCCGACGAGAGUUCCCAGAACAGAGUUGAUUCUUUGAUCGGAAACAAGCGAAAAAAGAACAACAAAAGCCGUCUUGGAUCGCCGGAGAAACCACGUACCAGAAAAGUGAACGACAAUGUUGGAGGAGCUUCUUCUCUUGUGCAGAUAUGGGAGGCGAGGAUGAACCGAUCCAACGGUGGAAACUCGCCGAUCCACGGUCAAAUUAUAGAGAUCAGCUCAGAAGCGAGCGUUCAAGAAAUCCACAUUUUGGCUCCAUCCAUCGACGGAGAAUCUGAAUCAGAGAACGAAUCGAAAAAUCAUGAUCUGACGGUGGAGAUUGAAUCUGAGACUCUCAAUUCAAUCUCCACCGUCGCUGAUAUUAUCCGGAGAUUGAGUAACGAACAGAAGCUAACCGCAAGCAAUAAUGGUGGUGCCGCCGACAUACCGAUCGUUAAAACGCCGACGCAUGAGAAAAGCAGUUUGCCGGUGGUUACUUGUUCGCCGCGAAUCCGAGGACGGCAAGCUUACUCCGAUCUGCUUGUGCAUUUGGAACGAGAACGUCACCGCGAAUUGGAAACGCUUCUUGGACGCAACGCAGUUUCUAGGUUUCCUCAACGUGGUCGCCUCCAGUCAAUGUUGCGGCUAAGGAGUCUCAAACGCGGCCUAGCGAUUCAAGAUCGUCAUCGUGGUACCACGAAAGGCGAUUCAAAUCGCUUCCAACCUAGUUCCACAAUUCUUCAUCUAAGCGAAAAAUUCCGGGAAAACGCAGCAAACGCUGCCUCUGAAGCCGAACGAAAGAAGGGCCAACAAUACACCGUAGAAACAGAGAGCAUGCGGUCAAAAGAAAUGACUUUUACUAUAGAUACGCCUUCCACAGAGCGAUUAUGCCCUCAAAACCGCAACAUAGAGGAAGCAAUCUUACGCAAGAACGAAACAAAAAUGAAUUACCUUCAGCUGAACAAAGCCAUAGUAGCAGAAGUUUUGAAAAGAAAAUCGGAUAACACUAGCCCUAUCACCAGCGUAACUCAUCAAGAACCGCGGAUACUAGGGAACGAGGAAGCAAACAAAGUAGAAAGCGGUACGCAGAGGACUCAAGAGACACCGUUCCUUGAGACACAAGAAACGUCAUUCCAAAGUGGAUGGGAAGAGCAAGAAGAGUAUGAGGAUGAGCAGUCUUAUUACGGAGACAUGAGCUACGAUUGGUUUACAGAAAUAUCUCGGCCUCGGACUUACUGGGAAGAUCUGAGGAAAUCUCGGUAUCUGGAAGUGAUGAACACUAAAUCUGACAAGGGCGAUAUAUGCAGACUUCUUGAGAGAAGAACGGUUUCGGAUUUCCUCCAAAGCGGAUUACGAGAGAAGAUCGAUAAGCUCAUAAUGGCCCGUGUUCAGAUACAUCCGGCUCACCGUAUUCCAGAACCAUGUAAAGAGGAAGAGAAAUAUGACAUAAGCGAAGAAGAAGAGAAAUGUGACAUAGGCGAAGAAAAAGAUGAAGACAGAGAUGACUUGAGCCAAUCAUCAUCGCAAAUAUUUGCACCGUCUCCGGCAGGAUCAUGGAGUUCUCAGGACACAGGAGUUACUUCCACACCAACGCACAAUCUUAAUUCCAAUGAGAUGGAGAUUAUAGGCGAAUUGAGAUCACACAUUUUACAGCUCCAACUAGAAAUGACUGAGCUACGAGACUCUGUCAAAACGUGUUUGGAUGUAAACGCUAGCCUUCAAAAGUCGGUUCAGCGGGAAAAUCCCUUGAAACGCAAAUGCUGCGUUUGUAACGAAACGCAAGUUGAAACACUUUUAUACAGGUGCGGGCACAUGUGUACAUGCCUGAGAUGCGCAAACGAACUACAAUAUAAUGGCGGGAAAUGCCCGAUUUGUCAUGCCAAGAUUCUAGACGUUGUUCGCGUUUUCGUCGAUUCAAGAACCUGAAAUUAAUAAUACCAAGGGUUCAAA